AGAAAUGCUGGAAGGAAAUAGACACAGUUCUGGGAAACAAGGCAAUCUUGAGAUAUGAAGACAGAAAAAAAUUGCCCUUCACAAAUGCCGUCAUUCAUGAAAUCCAACUUGUUUCAAAUGUUGCUCCUCUUGGAAUUCAUCACGUCUCCAUUACAGAUGUGCAGCUUUUGGGAUAUAAAAUUCCCAAGGACACUAUGAUUUUUGUCAACAUCCAGUCUGCCCAUCAUGAUGAAUCUCAGUGGAAGUUCCCCAAUGAAUUCAACCCCUCCAACUUCCUGAAUGAAGAGGGAGACUUUGUGGAACCAGAAGCCUUUUUGGCAUUUUCAGCAGGGCGGAGAGUCUGCUUAGGGGAAAACCUGGCUCGGAUGGAGCUCUUCUUCUUCUUCACCAGCAUUCUCAGGAACUUCCAGUUAUCGUGGCCAGAUAAAUCCCAAGCUCCAGAUUUCACACCACACGUUGGGGUUUCGCAAUCUCCAUCUCGCUUUAAGCUGUUGCUGAAGUGCCGCCAGCCCUGUGAAUAGUUGUAAGUGAGGAUCUAAAAAACAACGGAUUCAAGACGAUCCCAUUGUUUCCCACAGCCAGCGGCCACCUCUAUUUCAAAUUCACCCCAAGAUCAUUAGUU